AUGACGAAGGAAGUGACGAAGGAAGUGACAAAAGCAAGCAAAACUGUUUGUAGAAGUAUUGAGACAAAAGCCAAAUCUGUUAGUAAACAAGCAAGAAGUGAGCCUGUGAAAGAGACGAAUCUACAGCAGAAGAUAACUGAUGACAAUACGAAUCAUAUUAAUCUCGCAAUGACACUGACGUCAAUAUUCCCCAAUGAGAGUGAUGGACGUUCAUCAGAAGAGCUAUUUAACGUCCCAAUGGAACAAUCCAUGCAAUCGAAGAUAUUGAAAUGCAUUGAAAAGCUUUAUUCAGAUAAUCCGGAAUUACGAAAGAUUGCUGAGGACAUCUCAUGCGAGAUCAUAGUAAACAAAUUAAAUGUACAUUGGGAUGACGUUAUAGGCCUAGAGGAAUGUAAAACCGCUGUUAAGGAGGCCGUUGUGUAUCUCCUUAAGUAUCCUAUCGUUUUUGAUGGCCCGUUUUCCCCCGGGAAAGGUAUUUUGCUGUACGGCCCACCUGGUACAGGGAAAACGAAGUUAGCGAAGGCAGUCGCGACAGAAUGCCAUUGCACCUUUUUUAACAUAACUGCCAGCUCAUUGGAGAGGCGAUUCCGAGAAGUUUUAUUUGAACUUGCCUAUAGUCAUUCGCCUACAAUUAUUUUUAUCGACGAGAUUGACUGGAUCGCCACAAAUAAAGGAGACUGUAUAUUGUCUGAACCUGCAAAGAGAUUCAGAUCAGAACUUCUUUCUAGAUUGGAUGGAUUAGUGUCUAAUGAGAAUUCUAAUGUAGUUCUUCUGGCUACAACUAAUUCCCCUUGGGGCAUUGAUGCAGCUUUACUCAGGCGUCUCGAAAAGCAAAUAUACGUAUCAUUACCCAAUGAAGUUGCUCGACUUGGUAUAUUCAAAUUAUACCUUAGCAACCACUUAUUAGAAAAUACAGAUAUUGUAAACCACAUAGUAAAAUGUACUGAAAGAUAUUCUUGUGCAGAUAUAAAAUUGCUUUGUAAGCAAGCGUGGCUACUAGAAAUAAGCCCGAUAUGGAGGAGACUUGAAAAGAAAGAAACACCUGUUACCACUUUGAAAUAUGAAUUAAAAAGUUAUGAAAUAUUAGCAAAAUUGUUAAAAAAAAUGUCACCUACAGUUAUGCAAAUAGAUAAAUAUGAUACGUGGAACAAAUAAAUACGCAAUCGUAAGGACAGAUAUUGAAAAAUAUAAAUAAAUGGAUUAUCGUUCGAGAAAUCAUUCGCAUGUGUGUGCAUGUGUGUGCAUGUGUGUCAUGUGUGUGCGUGUGUGUGCGCGCACGCGCUAUAGGCUAAGUUUAAAAUGUUCGGUUGUAUUAUAUCCUUGUAUUAUAUAUGUCGGAGAUGAAAGGAAAACCGGAGCCUUCCCCUUGCAAUUUUGAGGAAGCCUUCUAAUGCUUUAGCCUAGAUUUUAUCAUAACUGUAAUUAAGCAAUUGUCAUUUGUAAUUGUUUGAUAUUUGUGAAAGCGAAAGUGGGUUCGAGGUGACAACUGGUCGCCGAACGUAGCCACGGUCACGGGAUAAACGUUUUGCCUGACGAAGGUGUGGAUCGGUUGUAUUGUUCUCCCUAGAAA